AUGUCGUUAAAAGGCUUAGAAAAACAUGGUAUCUUUGUGGCUGCGGUUACAAUUUUGAUAAGUUUUAUGAUUCUAAUGAAUGAAAUAUCGAUGAUCAAAUAUAUUUUUAUGUUUCACGAUGAUCAUGGUUUAAGUAUCCAGUUUAUACUCCAGCAUACUGGCAUAUUUACAUUUGGCUUGUUAACUGCUAUAUCGGCUACUUUACUGAUUUGGGGUAUUGUAAAGAAAUAUCCUAAACUUAUUGUACCCUGGCUAACAUUGGCAACAUUAUCGGCUAUUGUAUUCACCUGCUGUAACAUCUAUGAUAUUGUUUAUCGCAAUCAUCAAUGGGAUGAUAUAUUGUUUGUUUUAAUUAUUGUUGGUAUGCAAAUUAUUUUAAUUUAUCCCAUUUAUAUACUGGCUGCUGAUAUUCGUAUAGAAAACUUGGAAGCUAAGGAAUAUUCCGAAUCGAAUGAGAAAAAUAAUUUUGGUGAUUAUUUUAUAAGGUCGAUGAUUUAA